AUGGAUGACAUUGAGCAGGAAGGCAUAAAUGAGGAGCUUAUUGAGUUUGCUAUCCGAGAGAGCAUUCAAGAUUCCUACAAGCUGCCAUGUUCUUUGCAAACUAACAGGAAGGAAACAAAUAGUGAAGACUUUGUGAAGAUAAUCGCAGCAAUUGAGAAAGGUGAUGUGUGUGCUCUGCAGGAGCUGUCAGGUUGUGUGUCUGCCUUCAGAGAAACUGGCAUGAGGGGCCUGCUGCCUCUGCACACUGCAGCUGUGCAGCCACAGCAAGAGAUCCUGUCUUUGGUGCUGCAGGUGUCAAAGUCCACAGAUCUGGAGGAGCAGACGGAGGACGGGAGCACAGCUCUGACUCUGGCAGCGGAGGCAGGCCUGGUGCAAAAUGUUAGCAUGCUGCUGCGGCGCGGAGCUUCACCACACAACACCAACAGCAAGAAUGAGUCUCCUCUGCUCAUCGCAGUAAGACAGCGAUCCUACGAUAUGGUUUUAUCCCUCAUCAUGGGCGGUGCUUUUGUGCAGCAGGUGUGUCUCAGGAAAUGGACAGCUACACAUGAAGCUGCAAAGGUGGGUUGUCCGGCCAUUAUGAUGCUACUGCUUCGACAUGGAGGAGAAGCAAAUUCUAGAAAUGUUCAUGGAGUGACACCUCUGGGGAUUGCAGCUGAAUACGGCAACACUCAGGCUUUGGAGAUACUCAUACAACAAGGUGGGGAUGUGAAUGCCCAAGCCACCAAUGGAGACACAGUUCUGUAUGAUGCUGCUGGAUCUGGAAACCUGGAUUGCGUCAAGCUGCUGCUGGAGCAUGGAGCCAAUGCCAGUAUAGCCAGCUAUGCCUUCCAGCUCCCCAUACACAGAGCUGCCUAUGAGGGACACUUUCUAGUCCUGAGGACUCUUAUCCCCCUCACCACAAAGAGAGCCAUCCGUCUCUCAGGCCAGAACCCUGUCCAUUCAGCAGCUGAUGGGGGGCAGGUUGAGUGUCUGAAGCUGCUUAUUGAAAAGGGGUUCAAUGUCAACGCCUUGCUGGACACACACAUCUCUGAGAACUAUGGAGACCUCAGGAAGAGUCCUCUGUAUUUUGCUGUUUCCAAUGGUGACAUAACCGGUGCUGAGGUACUGCUUGCAGCCGGUGCAAGAACUGACCUGGAUCCACUAAGAUGCAUCCUGGUCGCUGUACGAGCUGAGAGGUAUGAGCUGGUACAACUGCUGCUGUCCUAUGGAGCAGAGGUGAACUGUUACUUCAGAGUGAUCAGUAACACUGUGUUCCCAACAGCCCUGCAGUACUGCCUGAGGGAUCAGACCAUGCUGCGACUGCUGCUCAACAGCGGAUAUCAGGCUGAUAAGUGUUUCCAAUGUUACCAUGGUAACAGUGAAGAAAUAGAUCCUACCUGGACUGACCUCCAUGAUCAAGCCUACCAGAUUUACAGGCAACCAAAUGUCAUUUCAUUCUGUGAAUUCAUGUCAGUGUCGUGGCUGACAGAUCUGGUCGGCACUGUGGUGAAGAUGCUCCUGGACUACGUCAGCCAUGUCAGCAUCUGUUCAAACCUCAUACGCAUCCUGGAGAGGAGACCAGAGUGGGAUGAGAUUUCUGAGAUACUGAGCAAGCCACGCUCUUUGCAGCACUUGUCUCGACUGGUAAUCAGGGGUCACAUGACCCUGAGGACACUCAAUGACCCUGGAACCAUGGCCGUCGUUCCCUUUCCUCCCAGACUGAAGAACUACCUGACCUACAGAGAGUAUGAUCUCUACAGGGACCUCUCUUCAACUUGAAAGGUUGAAAGGUUUAGCCGUGUAAUUGAAACAUGAAUA